AUGUUUGCAAGAGUUAUCAUCCUCUUCUGCUGCUUGACAGGUAUUGCCCAUGGAGACAAAACCAAGGUUGAAGUUGAACCUGGCAAUGACAGACCCUCAUGGAGGGUUGCGGUCUCUCAAACCGCUGUGAUAACAUGCUGUUACAAUGCAUCUGGAGGCUUUGUGAAUGCCACCUGGGUCAACCACAUAAAGGAAAAUGGCACCAUGACAAAGAGAUAUGUCGACAUGGCUGACUACAGGGCAGGUAAUGAGAAUUUCACAGAGGACGGCAAGCAGUGCCAGAGGCUCACUUUGGAGAGCGUCACGCUGAACGACACAGGUCUGUACCAGUGCAUCCUGACUCACCCCGACCUGCGGUCCCCUGUCUUCACUUACGGCACCUUCCUGCAAGUCUACAAACCCAUGGUCAAGUAUCUGAACCUUAGCGAGAAAACAAAGAACAAGAUCCUCACAGCAGAAGGCAUUCUUCUCCUCCUGUGUGUCCUACUGCCUGGUAUCCUGCUUCUCCGUAAGACAAAGCAGCUCAAUCAGCUGGAGAAGAGGAGGAACAAGGAGGAGGAAGAGAACAUUUAUGAGGGGUUAAAUCUGGAAGACUGCUCCUCCACCUACCACCAGAUCCAGCGCUCUGAGGUGCGCGGACCCUACCAGGACGUGGACAACGUCAGAGAGGAAGACAUCCAGCUGGAGAAGCCUUGAGGAGGAUGGAGAGAUUGAGAGGGGAGGGGAAGUGGGAAAAAGGUCGAUAAUGGGAA